AUGUCUUUUUUACCAGAAGAUAACGUCUCGUUUCCUGGUUGUAUUCUUCGCGUGGCUGGUAUGCCUCCUACGCCUGAAUUUGGUGUUAUGGAUUCAUUUUAUGCUAGACUCAAUUCCUUAAAAUUCGCGACCUCUCAGUUGGCGACUGGGACAUGUCGACAACUAGCCAGAGAAUACGGUUUCACUGUCAAGCAAGAAACAAGCGCCAAUAAGGCAAGUCUGUCGGACUCGAAAAAGACGGGCAAACAAACGAAAAGAAAAAGAUCCUCCCUUCGAUGUGAUUGUAAAUGGCGAAUUGUCUUAUUCCAAAAUGAAGAAGAUCGUCUAUGGGAAUUUAGGAAAUCACAAAAUCCACAAUCUUCGGAGCAUAAUCAUGAACUGUCGCCACCUGAGCAUAUCCCGUUGCCAUGGCCCCCACGUGUCGUGGAACGCAUUGCAUAUCAUGCCAGUUUGGGAUUGGCAACGAACGAAAUACGCAUUGCUGUUCAACAAGAAUUUCCUAAUAUAUUGUGGGAUGAAAGAAGGUUUUACAAUAGACUAUCAGAAGAAAGACGCAAGAUUAAAGCUAGAGAAACGGAAACUCGAGUGAUCGAAACGAUGGCGAUGGCUGCUCGUGUAGCUGCCCUUGUCUGCUCAAGCAAAGAGUACACGGAAAAAGUUCACCAAGCACUUGAUACAGUGAUUCUGCAAGCUGCUUCAACGGAAUCUACUUCAUCACUAUCGUGCGAUCCUACUUUAUAUCCUCCAAUGUCCUUGCCGUCAACCUCUUCAACCCUUGAUCUAUUAUGUGGCUAUCCUGCGGGCACAAUUUUAGUUAAAAAUAUUCCAAGUCAAAAAGGACGGCCAAGUAAAAAGAAUCAACAACAGUCACAAAAAUUAAACGAUGCUUCAUUACUCAAAUUCGAAAAUAUGAGAAAUACUGAAGUCAGUAAUGCCGAAAAUUUUUCAGGAAUAGAGCGUGAAAGUUAUGAGAAUGUAGCGCCGUCAUUCGAAAAUUCUGUCAAGGAUAAGGAGUCUCUUAUUGAUAUUGGAGAAUCUCGAGUGCUUGAAAACAAUAAUGUGUUGGCUCUUCAAGAACAAGCUUCGUCUUUCGAAAAUGAUAGUAGCUCGCAGAGUACUGUCAGUCUACCUAGUCCCAUAAUGGUAGAGAAUAUGGUCGAAUAUGAAAAUCAGACUGAGGACAACGCACCAAGAUAUCAGAGUAUGACGACGGAUCCCUCCAUUCCGGUCAAAUAUGAAUAUCAGAUUAACGAUCAAAGGAAUUCUGUCAAUAAUUUCACGCCUUCGGAAAGAAUUCCAUCAUCUAAUGAUGUGAAUUGUAUAAGUACAAAUUAUCAUUCGGGACUUAACGUACUUGCGGGCGCAACUUCAUUAUUACCAACAAAUUUUGAACAGCAAGGAAUGUUAUCUUCCACUGCAUCUAAUGGGAAUACAUCUUUAUAUUGUCAAAUACCGGCAAAUAGAAUGAUGAAUCAUCAGAAUUCAGUAAUGAUGAAUGCGAAUCAUCGUUUUAAUAAUAGUUUAUCAUUAAGUCAACCGAUUCCUUCUUGGACCAAUUACAAACACUCUGUAAUUGGCAGCAAUGUAACGAUAGAUUCAACUCAAAAAAAUAACAGAAGUACGAUGGCUCUGAGUUUGAUAUCGAACGGAAGUCAUUUAUUAGCUGACAACACGAUGUCUGGUCAUAUAGAUCAUAACAAGACUCGCCUUAGUCAAAAGAGUCCUCUUUUGGCAUCAAUCGAGACUGUAAAAUCGAGUUGUGCUUCAAAAUUUCGGGAUGCAAAUGACCACCGAAUUGGAUAUUUAGAAAGUACUUCACCUGUUGGACUGAAUUCUUUUGAUGACCAUAAUAGCUCUUCGAUACCUAUAGUCAAAGGAUCUUUGUCACCCGAUAACAACCCCGCAAUGUCUGACCAGAAAUUACCGUGUAAUGCUUGCUCUUCCAGUGUCAAUAGCAAUGCCUCUAUUGAUGAAAAUUUUUUGCCAAGCGAAGUAGAAUCGAUAAAUUGUGAUACUUCGUUGCAUGAUCAACAACAAAACGAAAAUACCAAUAUCAGCAACACACCCACCUUUGGCGCGAAUCAAAUACCAAAUGGUAGUCAGUCAAUUAACACGGGGGGACCACAGCUUUCAGAAACACACUGCUGGAAUGGACCAACAUCUAUGGGCGGGAUUCCAAGCCCACCUUCUUUGAGUGACAUGCCACCAUUAGCCGGUAUGCAGACAUUAGCCGGUAAUUCAGUUACUAUAAAGCCAGCAGAUCCGUGUCAUUGGAAUUUUGCCUAUAACGCAAUGCCAUCGCGAAUGAUUACACACCAACCUUCACAAUCCGUUCCGCAAAUUAGUCUACCUGUAAGCGCGCAAGUUUCGUCGAAUCAUCAAUAUCACAACUAUACACAAUUACACACUCAAAAUACGUGGUAUCAAAACAACGCGAACCAUUAA